AUGCGCUUCCAAGGUUUUCAACUGCCCCCUGGAUUGGUGGGAGAUCGCGUGUUUAGGGCGAUUGUAAGGGGCUGGCGGCUGGACACCGUUGAGCGGUUUUUCUGGAUCAGUGAGCGGUUUCCUAAGCACGAGCGGGGCCGGACGGCGCGGGAACAUUUUCUGCUACGGCUGCGUAUUAUCCUGUUAAGCUUAGGGGCGAAGCGGGCUGACGUGGACGCGGGAUUCGUCGAUGUCGCCGACUUGCGACGGUUCGUUCGGUCGGCGGAACUCGCGGCGGCCGCCUUCAUGGAUGAGCACGACGGAGCAUACAUCGCUGAUGGAUGCAUCGAAGAAAUGCUGAGUGAGUGGCGGCAGGGCACGGAAGACAAGAGAUUGACACUGUGCGACCAGUUCUUCUACAAAGAACGCUAUCAUGGAUGUGGAGCUAGCAUGUGGACAAUGCGGGACCUGUACGACUAUUGGGGCAUCAGUAGAGCGCUGCUUCAGAUGAUGACGCAGGAGCAGGCUGAGAAGCUGCAUGAUCACAUGAAGGACAUGAACCUGAAGCCGGCAUGGGUACUGCGCGAGCGGCAGCGCGCACAGGCGCGCGCGCGCAAGAGCGAGCCGGCGGUGCAACAGCGCAUGGAGAGCGCGAAGGAGGAGCACUUGUGGUGGAUCAGUCAGCUGGUAGAAGCCACGUGGACAAGAGGUGUCGGCUUCGAUGACGGCGUUUCGGACGGUGGUAAACGGCAGAAGACGAUGGCCUGA